UUUAGAACGUAUUUAAAAUGUCAAAACACAUUGUGAAGUAAAUCAAUUCGAAAUAGUUAAAUUAAAUUAUUUUAAACGUAUUGAGUGUUGAAUUUCUUUUGGUUUAUAAAAUGAUUCACGAAGCACUUUUUUCGUUAUGGAAUUCUCGAGGAACUCUUUUUAAAACGUUGUCGAAAGAGGAAUGGCUAAGAGAUGUCGAAUUGCGGGAGUUUUUACACCCAGCCGAACGAGAAUUGUUAGGUGAAAUCAUGUCUAUCGCUUUAACUUAUCACACAAUUGAGGAAUUUCGUAAAGAUGUUUUGAAUAAUAAGAAAAUAGAACAUGUUUUGUAUGAAGAUACUGAAAAAAGAGAAGAUGGUCAAGAUAAUAUAAAGGAUAUGGAACCAGGACUAUAUAUAACAGCAUUUUGUAAUGGUCUCGAUAAAGUUUUAAAAAGGUAUCGAGACGAAAUUGUUGAUAUAGAAGAGGAAUUUUUAAAACAUCCUGAAUUAACAUUAAGCUUUGUUUUGGGUCGAAUUGAAAACUUUAACACCCUUUUCGAUGUUUUGAUAAAAAUGAUUCGAAUGAUUCAAAUUGAAAAUGUACGAGGAGCUUUACUUUUAGGCCGUUUACAUCUUUAUCUUGAUUGUAAUAUUCCCAUGAUUGUUGAAGCCACCAAAGUAUUAAUAUCAUUUAUUAAUGUCCCAUUUUACCAUCAAUUAUCGAAAUGGAUUAUUUAUGGAGAUAUUAAAGACAAAUACAAUGAAUUCUUUAUUUGCGACGCAAACUGCCCCGAUGAAAAUUUUCAAUAUCCAGAUAACUGUGGUGAAGAAGCAGAAUGUUAUGAAUCCCACACUUUGGGUCCAAAAAAAUCGGGUCAAAUUGUUUAUCCCGUACGGAAAUUUUAUAUUCGCCCGGAAAUGCUGCCGUCAAUAAUUAGUUAUGAUUUGGCGGAGAAGAUUUUGUUUAUGGGCAGAACUGUGUGGAUCAAUGAAAAUCGUCCAAUCGAUGCUAAUACGCCAGAAAAUUACACAGUUUGGAAUCGAAAUGGCUCAGAAUUAUACCAAAAAGUGCUUGAAUUAGAAAAAGGAGUUUUUGAUUUUGAAAAUUUCGAAAGAACUAUUGAAAAAUGUCGUUUAAAGCUUACAAAGCAUCUUUGGACUAUUGUGGUGGAUGAAGCGAAAUUAUUAGAACAUUUACAAAACGUUAGGGAUUAUUAUGGAUUGGGUAGAGGAGAAUUAUUUCAACGAUUCAUUGUUACAGCUGGUGAAAAAUUAAAAGAAACGCCAAAUAGCUACAUUGUAACAAAUUUGAAUAUGAUAUUUUCGGAUACUGCUGCAAAAAUAUAUGGGGAAUAUGAUAAAAGUUUUAAAAAGUUUGAAUUAGCCAUCGUGAAACAAUCUGAAACAUGUGAUAAUCCUUGGACAUUAUUAAAAUUGAAUUUUGAUAUAGUCUGGCCCUUACACAUAAUUUUCUACCCGAAAACUUUGGAUCUUUAUAAUAGAUUAUUUCGAUUUCUAUUAACAAUUACUAGAACUCAAAUUGAAUUGAACAAAUUAUGGCAUAAUCAUAUAUCAUCAAAGAAGAAAAUAAAUAAAAGGGUUUGGACUCUUCGGCACAACUUAAUGUUUCUCGUUAAUAAUUUACAGUAUUAUUUACAAGUAGAUGUGAUUGAGGCGGAAUUUUCAACGUUUAAAAAAGCUGUACAAAACGCUAACGAAUUUGAGGAUAUCAUCCGAUUACAUUCGAAGUUUUUGUGCAAUUUAUUAAGCAAAACAUUUGUUAUGACUGUUGAUGAGACAACAAGCGAUAAUCACAAACACAAUUUGGUUCAAUUACCAGCUUUAAAUUAUAAAGGAAAAAAUACUAUGUACAGCAUAAUUUAUUUGAUACUAGAAUUAUGUAAUGAAUUCUGUUUGUAUGCACACACUUGGGACGCUGAGUUGACUGAAAUGCAACAGCAAGAAUUGGAAGGAAUUGAAACGAGAGCGAAUAAUUUAACCGAUAUGUUAUUAAGAACUCUUAGUAACCAUCACCAAAAAGUGUAUGGAUCUGAUCUUUUACAAUUGAUGUAUUGGUUAGAUUUUAAUCAGUGGUACACUAAAACUGAUUUUAAUUUAACUGUUGGAUAACCAGAAAAAAUCGCAAAGUGAUUAAAACAUUUUUAAUUUCUCA